AUGAGGAUUCACAAUGACGUCGAUAAUGGCAACAUACCGAUUGUAGAUAGAAAAAAAAUAUCACUUCGAGAUCCGGAAGGAAGAGUAAAAAAAGAUAGUUUAAUUCAAAGCAGUAACAUAGAUAACUUUCAUCUUUGGCAUAAUGCCAACGAGCAUAUAGACAAUAGAACGAAUUUUAAUUCUAUUAAUUCAAGAACAAAUGAGUCCUCAGUUUGUAACCACCUCUAUAAAUUGAGCAGGUUACGAGAACCAGAAAACACAAUUGAUGAAAAUAUUACUAACACUUCGAAAGAUAUUAUUACAACAGUAAAUACCAAUGAUUCAAAAAGUAUUACUUCCGUUAACGACGGACAACCCUUUUAUGAUAUAUCAGAUACAGAAGAAAUGUCGGAGGAUAGUAUUCACCGAGUACCAAGAGGAAUUGUAAAUCCAAAUUAUCCUGGCUUUCAACAUUUAGCUCAUACGCUUCAGGAGUAUAAUUCAAAUAUAGAAAACUUUUAUCACUCUGAAAAUGAAAUGACUGAUGACGAUAUUGAUACGGACAUAACUGAUUUUGAAAUUAAGGAUGCCAAUGAAAAUUACAAAGAGCUUAACAAUAAUAAAUCAGAGUUCACUAACGGUCAGUUAAUAAAACUAGCCAAUAGCACUUUCGAAUCGACCAAGCAAAGUGACAUCCCUGAUCUUCUUAAAACGAUCUCAUCCAAUAACAAUAAUGAUGACGCCAUAAAUUGCGAUAUUACUUUAAUAGGAAAUGAUAUAGAGAAUAAUUUUAAUACAAAAGAUAUAAUCGGCGAUUUCAACAAAGAAAUCGAAGAUGAAAUUAAACAAUUAUUAAACUACAAUAUUAACAUUCAAGAUGACUUGGAAGAUCUUCGAAAAGAUAUAAAAGACAAUUUCGAAAAACCAAUAGAAACUACAAUCAAUAAUAUAAGCGAGGUGGUAAAUCAUGUUAUAAAAAAACUAGUGAAAAGCGAUGUUGAUACUGAAACAAAAGGUGAAGUAAAUACUGUCAACAUGAAUCAAACAAAUGAGGUUAAUGUGAGAAUGGAAAUUAACUUGAGCAGGCCUACAUUCUUAUUACUGGAUAACUGUCACGAACAAAUACAAGAUGCGGCUUUGUCUGAUGGAAAAGAAGAAAUAAAUUUAAAUGAAGAUGAGUACGAUACGGAAAAAUUAAGCAAUAAUGUAGAGACUACAAUCAAGCAACUAAGCACAGAGUUGAGAAAAAUAAUUCCAAAAUUAAAUGAAAUGCGAGAACGUGAUAAGUUAUGGGCAGAUAGGCCUAUAAUAACUGAUGGUAACUCCAAUAGGAUUGUAAUGAAGUCGAGCAAUACGUCAAAUUUAAAAAAAGAUACACGUAAUCAAACCCAUUAUGAAAGCAACAGACAAUUAAAUAAACACAACUACUAUCGUGUUCUGAAUAAAAACCCUGAAAAGGCUCAAAGUGGACCUAAAGAUCCUUCCAAAUAUGCUCAACAUAAUUCGUCCGUCCCUCGAGAUAAUAUUAAUGUAGCAGACAGUGAGUUGGAUACCUUCGAUGUUUAUAAUAUAGAAACAGCGCUGCCGAAGUUAGAUAUAGACACUAUAGAGAGUUACAUAAAGGCCGCGAAAGAGGCAGAAAGACAUAAACGAAAUGAUAGAGAGGAAAUCAGGAAAAGGUUAGCUAUGGGUAUAGAUUCAGAAGAAUACUAUAGUCUGGGUCACACAGACCGGCCAGGGAAAAAACCCAGCUUACAUUCACGAUUACAAAAUGGAAAAAAUUUACAAAUAUGUUUUAUGAAUGAGACAGCUUCUGAUAAUGAAUCUCAAUGUUCAGACUUGGACAGAAGUUUUAGUAGUAAUAGUAAAAGUUUAUCACGUUCAAGUAUAUUCAGCAAGAGUAGUUAUAACCAUCCCUAUCAGACGAGACCACUUUCUGUCAACAUAACAAAACAAGAUAAAAUAAACACCGUUCAGAGUGGUUUCAAGUUGCACCCUGCAUCUUUAAUAUCUAAAUCAUCCAAAACCCGUUCAACCCAAUCUUUGAAUCACAUUGAAUUAAAGGAAUCUGAUUUCUAUGCACUACAAGCAACACUGCAGACUGAAGCUAGAAUUGCCUUGGCACAAGCAAAGGAAUUGGCUCGCAUACAAAUGGAGCAUGAGCGAAGAAGUCGACCAGUUUCACCUGUCACUGAAAUGUUACGUCGUAGUAUGGAGAAGGCCAACGUGCCACUUGCACCUGAUCGUCGUCGCGUUUCAAGGCAGAUACUUACUGAUAUGAACAUAGCUCAAUUACAGGUGAUUGUAAAUGAGCUGCACUCUCAAAUUGAGUGUCUUAACGACUCACUUGUCAAACUUUUGAUGGCCAGAGACGAACUACACAUGGGGCAAGACUCUAUGCUUGUUGAUAUUGAGGAUCUUACCCGAUACUUAGGUGUUAAAGAACAAAGCAAGAAGUCCAAAGGCCCUACCAAGUCUGGAGUGAGGCGACUAACAGCAAUGGUGCACAAAUAA